CUUACAAUAAGUCUGUUAAGCAUUUAAGAAUACUCAACACAUUAGGCUUAUCGAAUAUACCAUAAGAUUUGAGUGCCUUAUAAUAUGUUAGUUUUGAACCUUAAAAACAAUCUCAUAAAUAGUACGCUAAGGACAUGUGCACGAAAUUAUCGCUGAAAGGAUGGAUACGUGUGUCUCCCAGGGGUACGAUCUAUGGCCAGAUUCAGGGCGAGAAAAGUAACGUGGAUGAGAUGGCACUAUGGCUGCGACUACAGGGCAGUCCCGGAGCCCGUAUUGAGUCGUGUCAGUUCAAGAACUGGAAGGUCAUCGACAGCUGUGACUUCAGAAACUUUUCGGUCAGAUAUUGAAAGGCUCCACAACUACAACACAAUAGUUUCGUCGGUUAUCUAAAACACUCCGUUCAGUACUAUUGAUGUCAACCCUUAAUCUCACACUUUAUUAUCAGAUUAUUAUUCCUUAAAUGUUGUCUUAUUUAUAAAUCUAUGCAUUUAUUAUUCUUAAAAAUAUAUGUAUUUUUAUUAGAAGUAUAUUCUAUAUUGAAAUAUGUG